UUAAGAGCUACAAGGAGAGGCGAGAGAGAUGCUGGCCUCCACUACGGCUAGAGCGACCGUGAGAAGACACAGGAACUUCCGGGGCGGAGCUCUCUGGUGUUUUCAUUUCCGUGGGGGAAAUGUGGGCUGCUGGCGCCGUGAAAGUUCGCGGUUGCUUGGCUGACUUUUCCGUCACUUUGAGACGGUGCUUGAAAUUGGGAGCGGCAAUGGCAAAGAGCAAGUUCGAGUACGUGCGGGACUUCGAGGCUGACGACACAUGCCUUUCCCACUGCUGGGUGGUGGUGCGGCUGGACGGCAGGAAUUUCCAUCGGUUUGCUGAGAAGCACAACUUUACAAAACCUAAUGACAGCCGUGCUCUCCAUCUAAUGACUAAAUGUGCCCAAACCGUAAUGGAAGAACUGGAGGAUAUUGUGAUUGCAUAUGGGCAGAGUGAUGAGUACAGCUUUGUGUUCAAGCGGAAAAGUAAUUGGUUUAAAAGAAGAGCCAGUAAGUUUAUGACACACGUGGUCUCCCAGUUUGCCUCCAGCUAUGUGUUUUACUGGCGGGAUUACUUUGAGGACCAGCCCCUUCUGUAUCCCCCAGGCUUUGAUGGAAGAGUCGUGGUGUAUCCUAGCAACCAGACUUUAAAGGACUAUCUCAGCUGGCGGCAAGCAGAUUGUCACAUCAAUAAUCUUUAUAAUACAGUUUUCUGGGCACUUGUACAGCAGUCUGGAUUAACACCAAUACAAGCCCAAGAGAGAUUACAGGGAACUCUUACAGCAGACAAGAAUGAGAUUUUAUUUUCUGAAUUCAACAUCAACUACAAUAAUGAGCCACUGAUGUAUAGGAAGGGAACUGUGUUGAUAUGGCAGAAGGUGGAUGAAGUCAUGACAAAAGAAGUUAGGCUGCCAGCAGAAAUGGAAGGAAGAAAGAUGGUGGUGACCCGGACCCGGACUAAGGCGGUGCCCUUACACUGUGAUGUCAUUGGGGAUGCUUUCUGGAAGGAACAUCCAGAAAUCCUACAUGAAGACAGCUGACCCUUUGCUUUUCAUUACUGGUGUGCUUGACCAUGCAGGGUCCCUCAAGUCUCCUGGCCUUAGGUGGCCGUAGCAUCUGUGCCAUGCAGAACAGUGUCCUGGGAGUGACAUGACUCUGGUUGGGAGGGGAACAGAGAAAGAAGGGAUGAAUGUGGGUGGUGUAUCUUGUUCUGCUUUAAGUGGAACACCUAUUUUUCAGUGUUGAAACAUGGUUCCUUUGGUAGAAGUAUACUAUUUUUAUAAAGCAAGAACUAUUUUAUGC